AUGGUGCGGAAGGGCGGCGCAACCGCCGAGUUCGUGUAUGGACUGGGUAUCAGCUCCCUCCAGCCAGCGGAUCAAGUGGAUCACAGCGAAGAAACGCCCUUGCGGUUUGUUAGCGUGCAACUACAGCUCUCCGAUUCAAGCAAGAAUUUAGACGUUGACGUCCACGCUUUCCUCUUUGAGUCCGAUGGCACAUACGUAGACUGUGUGUUUUAUAAGAACCCGACCCUUGCCGGCAAAAGCGUCCGACUUCUUCAACAAGAUAAGGAGCUCCUUGUAGACUUACGUUACAUCCCUCAGAGGUGCAGCUUCAUCGUCUGUACUUUGGCAAUCUACUCCGGUGGCACGGUUGCUCAACUAGGGGAUGGCUCCGUCCAGCUUAGCGCUCUUGUACCUCGCUUAGGGCUAGAAGAGAAUGCAGAUUUUCCUCAUCUUCCCUGCGGUCAGCUUCCCCCAGGCUCCUCCGAAUUCUAUGAAUGGGAUUACGUUACGAGGCACGUUGCGGGACUGAGUGAAGAAACUCCGGGUGUAGAACUUGGCUCAUUGAUUAAGGCAGCUCGUGAAGGUACCCAUGUACAGUUUGAAUUGGCAGACACAGAAUGGCGUCUACCAGACGACCAGGAAGAGCCUGCAGGACACCAUGCAGUCGAAACUCGGGAAUAUGGGACCCGGAGGGGAAUUGGACUUGAUACUGGAAAUUUGGUUGGAGGUGAAGCGGAAAAUGAGGAAUCGGAGAUUUAUAGAAGGAACAUAAAGGGGUUCAUACGCGACGAAGGCACGCCAACGCGGCAUGGCACUGAACAGCAAGCAGAUGGAUUCGUUGCUAAGCAAGAGAUAGAACGGCAUAUAGUGCUGACUGGAGAUCAAGGAGAUGUGGCUGUGGCGAAGCGAACUGGCAGGCAGACAGCUCCACUGUCGACGGAUAUUGCCAGCUGUUCACAUGAUGAAAUUCCACCAGGCGUUCAGGCAGGCAGAAGACCUACGAUCCACACGAUGGCCGGCCGCAGAGGUGAUUACAACAAUGCUCAAUUCCGAGACAAUUAUGUAGGCCCUUUUGACAGGGAGCAGCAUCCUGAUGACAGAGGUGGGAAGAGAAGCAAUGGACAGCAGAGAGAGGGCUUAUGCACCUCAGAAAGUGAAGAGUAUAGUGGGGGCCGUUCGAGAAAGCAGAGAGAUACGGGAAAUGGAGAUAACGGUGCUAUCCAGGAGGCAGUUUUAGGAGAGCACAAAGGCAUUGGCGGCGGAGCCAACCGAUUUUACCGGGGGGCGAGAUCGGACGACAAACUGACAGGGGACCAAUCCGACGAUGGAGAACCCUUGCUUGUACCGCAUCUUCCCGUUGAUGGACACGAAGAAGAGCCCGGAGUGCACGCAUACGACAGGCACUUUGCGGCAGGACGACACGACUGGUGGAGAGACUCUGUUGAACGGCGUUUAAGUGCACUAGAGCGUUCUGUCGAAAGCAUCGGGCGCAACCUCCAAAUGGUUGCGACAGCAACGUCGGAUAUGCAGAAGAACAACAAACUUUAUAUUCAGGAACUUCGUGAGAGGUUUACAGAGCUGAAGAGUGACGUCGCCUCAGACAUUGAAUCUGCGUUGUCGGGCCCCGUGGAAGCCCUGAGCGUGAGGGUGAAGCAGGUGAAGGACGAAGGAGGAGCUGAUGCAAAGCAGUUGGCAGAACAGAAGCGAAAGCUUUGGGCGGUAGACCGGAUGGUUCUUCUUCAUGAACGGAAUUGGCAUCUGCUUGCACAGUCCAUAUCAGAACUUCGGUUUCAACUUUCGGGACUUGAACAGCGCAUCGAGCAAGCUGUACCUGCCAUUCGAGGCUCUACUGUACCGCCAACGGAUAACGCAAAGGGACUGCCAUUGUCGCUGCAAUCGUCCGCUUUUUUGGCUAGUAUGGAAGAGCCGAAUGCCAGGGAAGUGCUUAAUGCGUCAAGCGCCACUCAAAAUAAUGCCACGAGUGCUCUACAGGACCAGGGACAAACCGUAUUCGCCUCUCAAGCCUUAGAUGAGCUUAACCGCAUACAAAGCCACGCCGAGGCAUUUGGAGCUUGCAUGCGGCGGCUAGCCAGUGGGACUGCUUCUGAUGGUUUGAAAGGGCUCAAUCCGAUUGAACGCCGCGUUUUGUCCUUCGCGGGAACUCCGAAAGUGUUUGAAGCAUUGCAGGAUCUGGAGAGGGCUCUGGAAACCAUUAAUUCGUGUGGACCAGGAAGUCCAGAGUUUCCCCCGUUCUGCGGGGAGACGGUCCAUAUGGACAUCAAAUGA